ACGAUCUGCAGCACAUGGGUCGCUUGCACCGAUAACGAAACCAAGAUCAAGCAUAGGCUGAAUGCCUUGUGGUGUUUACGAAUAGCUUGACCUGGUGCAUCGUAGUGUGGGGUUUCGCGCUGCGGCAUGCUUGUUGAAGUGUGAGCACGCCAUUUGAGUGCUUGCGUAUCAACCCCUCCUUGACGAUGAGAGCAGUCACGUGAUAGUCUCAUGACUCGAUGUUAUAGGCAAAGCGGUCCCGCGACUGACUCAUGUUAUUGACAUUUCCAAAACAAGCAUAAUUGUGCUUGACAACAACAUGCCUGCGCCAUUCUAAUGAACCGAACCAUACAUCCUCAUGGCGCCUGUACUCGCCAAGUCGCUCAAUAGGCUGUCGCGCGAUACCCUCAUUGAUCUCGCACUCGACUGGCUCCAACAUGACCGUUGUGCAACACCAUACUUGACCAGUAAUCGCAGGCUGUUUGAAGCCGAUGAGGAAGACUACCUCCAUACGCCGGCUGAAAGUAUAGAAGCAUUGCGCCGAACAUACAAAUCGUUGCAGAAAGACAGCAGGCUCGGCACAAAACGAGAUGUCAUCGAUCGCAUCGUUGACGGCGACUGGCGGAGAGGGCUAUCCUUGCAUCAACAUGCCAUGAUCGAUUUUGCCUAUCUGGAACAAAACGAAGCGGCAUUGAGAUGGUCUGCUUUGCGGCUGGUACCUCUAGACUCAGCUGAGGAGAUGUCCGAUGACUCUGAUAGUCAACCGCCAAAGAAGAAAUGCUGGAUCAGCCGCAACGAGCACACUCCAAGAUAUCCUCAAAUUUCAGCUCAAUCCUUUCUUUCGGCCCUGAAAAAGGAAAUCUCCCCGAUGGUCAAAGCCCAUUAUCAUCUCCACAGAAUGUCCUCAUACCAGAAUCUCGACAUCGUCCGAGUGUACAUCACACCCAGCUCUACCUUCCGCGCUCGCCGGACUACCAUACCGCGAAAUGUCAGACAUGCCGUCGAAGCGGGAAGAGUCAUGUAUAUCGCCUUCCCAGGCAGCUGUCCAUACGUAUACAUUUCGCUGUGUGGCGCUUCGGUUUCCAGCGGACGGGCCAAAGGAGCAAGAGACUCGAAAGGAAGAGUAAUGGCAAAAGUGGACAUGGCCGCGAUGAAGAAGAUUGUUCUGGAGGCAAUCCCAAAGGCCUUUUCACGGCCACAAGAGAGAUGGGCACUAGAGUCCACGAAGCUCAAUGCACGAUCACUAAAGAGCAUUUGCGAAUUGCGAGGAAACCAAAAGCCUGGUUCAGCCGGUGGAGCAUACAGCUCUUUUUCCGAACCAUCUAGAGAUAUUGACGGCAAUUCAAUCGACUUGCAACAAGAGCCCGAUCAGCGUGCAAGUCUGCUCGAGGUUGAGAAGCGCUUCGGCACCAUGACAGGACAGCAUCAUGCGGCACUCGAUCGAGUCCAUAUCAAACUCGAGAAAGAUAUACAACGUGACAAAGACAACUCUCCGGACGUCUUGGGAGAGGAAGCCGCCACCAUCAGUUUGACGUUCACUGGAAACGAUGUCUUUCAAGGUCUGAAAAAGCUUGCCGAGUUGGGUUCGGAAUAUGUCGAUUUGAGCAGGAUGCCCGCAAUGCUGACGGGUGAAUUGGGUGUCAGCAGCAUCGUUAUAUAGGACGGUUAGGGGCCUUGAAUUGGCGAUUGGAUGAUAUGACUUACGACUGCCACGAGUACGACUUUUCUUGGAGGCUGUAACCUGCUUGUUGCACUGCGGAGGUUUUGUUGCUUCUUGGACUUAGGCAGCACGAACUGUCCUUGGAUAAAACCUUUUAUGAAGACAUGGCCAUGAUUGGAAUUCUCACUAUUUUAUCUUGUGAAGACAAGUGCACGAACAAUCAUUAAAUUCGUUCCAAAAGGACAUUACCACCAGCCGACGUCAUCGAGGCUUCCUCCAAAC